GCACUGAAGACCCCGCCCAGUCUGACAGCAGCAGCAGAACAAUAAUAAUAAUAAUAAUAAUAAUCAAAUGUCCGGAUAAAUCUGAAUGACCGGUUUAAUCUUAGAGUGUCUUUGUAGUUUUAGAGUUUGUUAAAAUGCCCCUGUUUGAUGGGCUCGUCAGCGGAGGAGAGAAAACCGCGAUUAUUAUUGAUCUGGGAGCGGCGUUUACAAAAUGUGGCUUCGCCGGGGAAACGGGGCCCAGGUUCAUAAUUCCGAGCGAGAUCCGGAAACCAGGACAGCAGCCGGUCAAAGUGGUUCAGUACAACAUCAACACAGAAGAGCUCUAUGUCAUUCUCAAAGAGUUUAUCCACAUACUUUACUUCAGACAUCUUUUGGUGAAUCCUCGAGACAGAAGAGUGGUCAUCAUCGAGUCCAUCCUCUGCCCGUCACAUUUCAGAGAGACACUCACCAAAGUUUUCUUCAAACAGUUUGAGGUUCCUUCCGUUCUCUUUGCCCCGAGUCACCUCAUGGCUGUGAUGACGUUGGGGAUAAACUCGGCUCUAGUGAUGGACUGUGGACACACGGAGACACUGGUCCUGCCUGUUUAUGAAAGCACCCCUAUACUUCCUGCUUGGGAGGCUUUGCCAUUGGGAGGAAAGGCUAUUCACAAAGAACUGGACGCACUUUUAGUGGAACAGUGCACAGUGGACACAGACACCAGCUCUGGACAGACUGUGGCUGCGGCAAUUGGGACCAUUCCUGAAGAUAUAGUUGAGGAUAUCAAAGUUAGAACGUGUUUUGUCAGUGACCUGCAGAGGGGGCUCAAGAUCCAAGACGCUAAAUUCAAUCCAGAAGCAGAGCGCCCGGCUCCUCCACCAGAUGUCGCUUUUCCUCUGGAUGGAGAGAAAAUCGUGCACGUCAAAGGCUCCAUCAGAGACUCGCUCAUGGAGAUUCUGUUUGAACAAGACAAUGAAGAAAAGAGCGUGGCCACGUUAAUUCUGGACUCGCUUGUCAAGUGCCCCAUUGACACUCGUAAAGUCCUCUCUGAAAACCUGGUUGUGAUCGGAGGCACUGCGAUGCUCCCGGGUUUUCUACACAGACUCUUGGCAGAAAUACGCCUCCUGGUGGAGAAACCGAAGUACAGCGAGGUGUUGGCGAGCAAAAGCUUCCGCAUCCACUCCCCACCGGCCAAAGCCAACUGCACCGCCUGGCUCGGAGGUGCCAUAUUCGGAGCGCUCCAGGACAUUCUGGGAAGUCGCUCUGUGUCCCGGGAUUAUUACAAUCAAACGGGUCGUAUCCCGGACUGGUGCUGCCUGAGCUCGCCGCCCCCUGAGUCGCUGUACGAGGCCGGGAAGACUCCGCCCCCGCUCAUGAAGAGGGCUUUUUCUACAGAGAAGUAACCACGGAAACAAGUCAAACAAGUGUAUUUUGUACAGUUAAAUUAUAAUGUGUUGUCAAACUAUUAACAGUUCAUAUGUUAAAAUAAACCGCAUUAGUUAAAGAUGCACUGUGUAACAUUUCUGGUGAUGUCUCCAUGGAGAUGUUACAGUUUAGGCUUGUCUGGAAUGUUCCGCAGUAUAGCAUUAAACGUGUCUAGCUUGUUAUUUUAUGUUUUUAUCGCUUAAAAAAACCCUCAAAAACAUGCAUGGUUAGUGUGAGCGCGGUCGCCUCUCCACAGAUCUGACCUGUAACUCGUCCGGAUGCGGGCACCUGCUUGUUUCCAUAGAGAUAGAUAUGUUACAAUGCCAUACUGUGGAACAUUCUAAGCAAAGCAAUAACAAAAAUGGAGUAAAACAGCUGCUGGACUUGGAGUCUCUUUCUAUAUAAACACCAGAAAAGUUACACAGUGUACCUUUAAAAUAAUAAUAAAGCAUUCAUUUACGUUGCAUUAUUCUUUCACUCCUCUUUUAGCCGCAGCUGCCCUGGGGCUGACUGACAAACAUGUGGCUGCCAAACCUUCAGAAAACAUUUGUAACAUUUGUAAAAAAAAAAAAAAAAAAAACUGUUUACGGCUCAAAUUUCCUUCUAGAAAAUUCAACUCUUGACAGUUUUACGCUUAAGAAAUGCUCCUGUAUCAGAAUUCACCAGUUUAAUCUACACUGUCUGGACAAAAAAAACGUCACACACUUUAAUAUUUCGUUGGACCACCUUUAGCUUUGACUCGCUGUGGCGUUGUUUCAAUAAACUUCUGCAAUGUCACAAGAUUUAUUUCCAUCCAGUGUCGCAUUAAUUUGCUGCACUGAUGUUUUAAUAAUGUCCUGGACAGUUCUUAACACAAUAUUAAUAGUUUCUUUAAUCUUAGAUGUUUUCUCUGCUUGAUGCCGAUGAUUCGACUCUUCUCAAACAUUUUUUCCACGACCACAACAAAUGAGAAUUGGCCCUUUACACCAGUUGGGGGUUAAAUAACUUGUACCGAUUUUCUUGGUUAAAUCCAGGUAGCGAUUUGUUUUGUUUUUUUGUCCAGGCAGUGUAUUUAUUCUCUUCGAAUCACAAAAGUAACAAACUAUUCGAUGUAACUUACACUAAAACACGACCAGUCAAAGAUUUGGACACAUUUCUUGUUCAGUGUUUAUUAUUUUCUUUAUUUAUUUUUUUUUACAGAUUUCUACAUUUUAUACACACAGAAAACACCAAAUAUCGGAAUAAGAUAUUUAUUUACUACACACAGUAAUUCCAUAUGUCUUACUUCAUAUAUUUGGUGUCUUCUGCGUGUAUAAAAAUGUAGAAAUAAGUAACAAACCCGACAGAGGGUGUGUCCAAACUACUGCAUGGUCGUGUAUGUUUGUGUAGUAUUUGUAUUUUAGUAGCUGCUGUUUAACUGAAAGCAGAAACGUAAAUGCCACUUGUGUAUUUUACUGCAGGAUUAAAUGUUAAGUACUGA